GCUGGAUGCGCUGUCCCCCCCCACCUGCGGCGGGGCGGAUGGUGCGGCCCGGCCGGCGCGUCCCGUUGCCGGGUGCGGCGGUGCCGCCAUGGCCGCGACCGGAGCGGGGCUGCCACGGGCGGGCUGCCUGGAGUUCCUGUCUCUCGUUAAGGUUUUUGAGAGCCCUGCCCCGUGAAACCACCUGUGCCACGCGUGUGAGGAACUUCAUUCCUUCAGCGGAGAAUCUCACUCCUGAAGUUUGUCACUGCUUUGUGAGAUUCAAGAAGACCUUCAGAAGCUCAAAAUGGAAAAAACCAACUUGAAAGGCAAUGCAGAAUCUGUGGAUAUUUGUGACCUCAGAAAAGCCACUGAAAGGACUGAACUUGGGCUGAGAAAAUACGCUGAAAAAUAUUUAAAUGUUAUAGAUGGCCAAGAGUUAACUCUUUCCUCAGCUGGUAAUAAAGAAGUAAAUUCCAAAGAGCCCCCUAAGUGCAGGAAUCCUCCUUUUGGUGCCUGUGAGCAGCAGCUGCUGUUGCCACCAGUUGAACCCCUGAGUGUCCAGAGGUGCAGCAAACCAGCCCCAGGCGUGUGCCAGGACCCUCAGCAGCAGGUGGAAAUGGAUUUUAAAAUUGUGCUUGACCCAGAGAACAUGGAUAAUAAAGCUGGUUUAAAACAUCCAAAUGAUGAGACCAGGCUGCCACUUAUAACUAAGAAAAAGUCUGCUCCUAUGUGCAGCCAGAAGACAGGGAAAGGUCCCCCGGUCACCAACCCCUGGGCUUUGCCUGCCUUUCACUCCCUGGGCUCUGCCUUACCCCUGGGAGAAGGGGACACCCCCAAAGGUACGCUGAGCCCACAGAGGCUCAUCCCUGCAGCAGCACAGAGAGCUCUGCCAGCCCCCCGUGCUGUGUGCACAGCAGCUCCUUUCCCUCAGUUCCCCAGGCAGCACAAGAAAUCAGCUCUAGGGGAGAUCAGUAGCAGGCUGGACCCUGCAAACACAGACACCAUCACCCUCCCAAAGCCAAAGGAAGCAAUUUGUGGCCCUUCUUCCUCUGGUAAAGGGAACACAGCACCACUCCCAUCCAGCAAUUCCGUGGUUUUGACACAGAAACUGAAGCCAGGGCGGAGGAAUCCAGCUCAGCAGUUGGAAUCUGAGGUGAACACUCUCUCUCAGACACAGCCCCCACAAACAGCUCAGCCCUUCCAGGAUUCCUUGGACGGGGACACUGCUGCUCAGCAGAAGGCUCCAGGUUUCCUGGCACUCCAGCACCACCGUCCCUCCUCUCGGGGGAGAGCUGCGGGGCUUUUGGAACCCACUGAAAACCUCCUCAAACCCCUCGCCGUCCCCUUGACCCCCACCAGCGGCCAAAAACCAUCGCAGACCCCCUCGGAUUUCGAGGAGAAUCCCACCAAAAGCGAGGAUUUGUCAGUGAUGAAGAAUCAGCCGGCUGUGGAGGAGCUCCCGGGCGGAGCCGGCCGGGGCAGCGCGGGGCCGGGGGGCAGCGCGGGGCCCUCGGCGGGGCUCGGGGGGCUCCGGGGCCGGGCCGUGCCGGGCUGCGGGCCGGGGCUCCGGGGCCGGGCCGUGCCGGGCUGCGGGCCGGGGCUCCGGGGCCGGGCUCACCUGGCAGCGCUCGGCAGCGCCCCGGGGGAAGCGCGCCGCAGACACCUGGAGAAUUUCUACAGCAGGGCCAAGCAUCUGGCAGCCAACUGGAAUCGCAUCAGGACCUCCAGGAGGACUAUUAUCCAUAUCCCAUCAUUAGGAUACUCCCAGCACGUCCGUGAGCACAUCCCUGACCUUGCUCUCCAGCAGAACCUGCAGAUGGGGAGGCUCUGUGACAUCCUGGAUGCCAACGUGGACGUCAUCUACAUCUGCCCCCUUGCUCUGAGUGAGGAGUUGCUGCAGUAUUACCAUAAACUCCUGGGUCUGCAGGCAGCUGUUAGAUCUGGGAACCCCGAGGACACGGCUGACCUGCAGGACAGGUUCACAAUUCUCACCCCUGAAGCUAUAAACAGCUUCCCUGAGCAUCAGCUGUGCCUGGCCACGGUGCUGCGGCACAGCCCCGGGACGCUGCGGCGGCUGCGGGCGCUGCUCCGGGGCAGGGCUGCCUUCGUGGUGGGCGGUGUGCCCCACCCGGACGAUCUGGCCGUGGCUGACGAGCUCCGGGUGCCCCUGCUGGGCUCGGAGCCGGCCGUGGCUCGGCUCUGCAGCUCCAAGUCCGGCAGCAGGAGGGUGUUCGCCAGUGCUGGAGUGCCGCUCCCUCCUGGGGAGGGGGACAUCCACGGCUGGGAGCAGCUGCUCCGUGCCCUCGGCCAGCUGGUCCUGGACCAUGCGGAGGUGCAGCGCUGGCUCUUCAAGGUGGACGAUGAGCGUGGAGGGAACGGCACUGCCUUCUGCGAUGUCACCUCCCACCUGCAGUGCUACCCCUGGCUCCUGAGGCAGCGCCAGCGACACGGCCCCGAGGUGUGGGCAGAGAGCCAGGCUCGUGAGCUAGCUUUGGUGAAGAUCUCCCAGGAGCUGCCGGGCCUUUUAGCACAGCACGUACAGCCAGUCAAUGAGAAACGAUUCCCUACAUGGGAAAAAUUCCUCCAAACAUUUCUUACUCAAGGUGGAGUGAUCGAAGCCUUCCCGUCCUCGGCCAGCGUCACCAACCUGUCUGUGGAUCUGCUGAUAGAGCCAACGGGGGAGGUGACACUGGUGUCAUCUGGGGAUCAGCUCCACGCCGAGGGGCCCCUCAGGUCCUGGGGCAGCACCAUCCCGCAGCGUUCCGUGGAUCCAGAGCUUCUCCAAGGCCUCUGCUGGAAAAUUGGGGAGGCCUGUAAAUCCAGAGGAGUGCUGGGCUACUUCUCCGUGGACUUCGUGGCUUUCACCCAUCCCCAAACGAGGGAGCAGCAGGUGUGGGCAACAGACCUUGACCUCUGCUACAGUGACCAGCUGGCCCUGACUCGGCUGCUGCUGUACAUGACAGAUGGAAAUCUGGAUUGUGGCUCCUGCCGCCUGCAAGGACCUCUGGGCUCACAGGAGAGCAAAAGCCAACAGGUCCAGCACGAGGGAACACAACCUCCAGCCCCGGGCAGCCCGCGCUGUGCCGUGGCCAGCAGCCAGCUGAGGCACGCCAGCCUCCCGGGGAUCCCCUACAGCCUCCUCCUCCACAUCUGCACAGCUCGAGGGGUUGGAUUUGACCUCCAGGAAAAACAAGGAACAGUUUUUGUGUUGUAUGAAGACCAGAAGCGACACAGCCUGGGAAUGAUAACAAUUGGAGAGGAUCUCCAGGGGGUCCUCCUGACCUUUGCUCGCAAUCUCUUCAUCAUCCAUCAAGAAAUAUCAGCACCUAAUAUGCAAGGCGAGACCAAUUUUAAGAUGGCAAUUCGAGACAUCGAAGCAAUUCUAGGAGUUACAGCAGAGCACAAACUGAGAUUGGAAGAAGAGCAACCUUGGGAAGCAGAUGCUGUGAAAGAAUAGUUAACAGAAAAUGUUCAAGUGCCUCAUUCCUUAUGCUUCUGGAAAUGCUCUCUCAUCUGUAAGAACAGGUUUGGUUUUCCUUCUGAGCUGGUAUGUGAAGUAACAUUAACUGAGACAGAAAAUCUCCGUGGUUGCUGGCUGUGGCACUGGGAACAUCCCACCUUUCUGUUCUGGUGGAAAAGCACAGCAUCAUCCUCAUGCUCGUGUCCCUGUUGCCAUUCCUGAAGUUCAGCGUGUGGGUUAAAAAUCUAAUUAAUGGGGUCAUGCUGCCUUUGUCCCUGACACAGAGCAGGAGGAGCAGGUCCACUGGAAAGAGCCCCAAGAGCCCAAAUUCCCUUUCCUGUGAACACUGAAAGGCUUCUGGCAGGGAAGGAGGUCCAGGUUAGAGCUGCCACGGAGUCCAGAGGCCACCAGGAUGGGCAGAGGGAGGGAGCAGCUCUGCUGGGAGGAACGGCUGGGAGAACUGGGAUUGUUCAGUCGGGAAAACUGGGAUUGUUCAGCCUGGAGAGGAGAAGCUUUGGGGUGAGCUCAGGGUGGCUGCAGGAAAGAAGGAGACUACACAGGAGGACCUGGAGUGCCAGGACAAGGGGAAUGGCUUCAGACUGAAGGGGGUCGGGGUUAGGUGAGAGAUUAGGAAGGAAUCCUGCCCUGGCAGGGUGGGCAGGCCCUGGCACAGGUGCCCAGAGCAGCUGUGGCUGCCCCUGCAUCCCUGACAGUGCCCAGGGCUGGGCUGGACAGGGCUUGGAGCACCCUGGGAUGGUGGGAGGGAUCCCUGCCUUUGGAAUGGGAUGGGAAUGAGGUGAGAUUUAAGGUCCCUCCCAACCCCAACCAUCCCGUGGUUCUUUUGCCUAUAAAUGCCUUAAUUUAAACCCCACUUUAUCAGUAAUCCCAGCAACCCACAUUCCUCUGCAGAACCAUCUCCAUUGUGAUGCUGCUUUUUCUGUUACCUAAAGGCUUCUGCAGCAGUUCUUUUAUGGUCAUUUUCAAAUUAUCAAAAAAAUCAGGAAUAGCACUAAUUCAUCCAUAGAAUUCUGCUUGCACUAUGAUUCCCAGAAUUCCAUGACUUCUGCGGGUCUGUCCAUCUAUAUUUUGGAUAUUGGUGAUCCUUUUGUCACAAUUGCUGUGCAGUGUUGUUAAAGGACAUAUCUGUAAAAUUAUCUUUAUCAAAUUAUCAAAUCUUUAAUAUCCCAACAGUCAACACAUUCCCCAUUUUGCUGUGGAAGAGCAGAUCUCACUGAAUGGAGAUUGUUAUCCUAGGAAUGACAAGUAUCCUUGGGAUUACUCCCCAAAAAGCUCAGGGAAAACCAGUUUUAACACAAAUACUGCUAAAUGAGACCAAGCAGUUGCACAAGAUCAGCACCCAGCUUUUCUGAUAGCAAAUCUUUGAUCCCUCAGCAUGAGACAUUAUUUUUUGUGGAGUUUUUUCCUCUUUGGAUUUUCCUACUUUGGUCACAGAAUUAAUUCAUUGCAGAUGAAAACCAUUUCCAUAAAUGCCGAUUCCUGCUUCCAAUAAAAAUCCACAAGGCUGUUUUUAA